AUGUGAAGUAAAGAUGUUUGUAAAAGAUCCGUGAACGGCGAAAAAAGAAAGAAAGAACCCUUUUCGCCACCAAAGUGGCCAUAUCCUUCUCUGGUGGGGUUUGUGAGGGAGAGGGAGAGAGAGGACCGUCUUCUCUUCCUUCUUCUUGUGUGGUUUCGUGGGCGUGCUCUCCAAGGUAUACUGUCCACAUCCACUCGUCACCUCACCCCACCCUCGUUCUAUAAGUACUCACUCGUUGAAAAUACUCGGUAUCAAAUAAUUGAAAACAGAGAGAGAGAGAGAGAGAGAGAGAGAGAGAGAGAGAGAGAGAGAGAGAGAGAGAGCAAAGCCAUGGACUUUCUUGGUUCCACGAAGGAUAACGGUAUGUUAACAAUGUUGUUCUCGUUUACGGAAUCUAUUUUGCCUCCAGAUUCUAGGUCUUUUCUUCUGGAACCUCUUUUCCUAAGAUGGGUUUCUGGUUUCUUGCACGGGGUUUUGUUACUCGUGCUGUUUUGUUCAUGGGUGCGUAGCAAAAUUAGGGGGAAUAAUGGUUUUGGUGUUGAUACGGAGAGUUUGAAAGAUAGGAGAGAUUUCGGGUUUAACUCGGCUCUGUUUUGUAGCUUAGCUCUGUCUUUCCUUAAUCUCGUGUUGAUGUCGUUGAGUGGUUUCUAUUGGUACGAGAGUGGUUGGUCAGAUAACGAGCAGCUUGUUUCUCUCGUCGGGUUUCUAUUGGGAACGGUUUCUUGGGGGGUUUUGUCGGUUUGCUUGCGUCGCUGUAGUGAUUAUGAGAAGAAAAAGUCUCCGUUUUUGCUUAGGCUCUGGUUGGGUUUCUAUCUCGCGGUUUCUUGCUACUCUCUUGUGGUAGACUUUGUUAUGUACAAGAGACACGGAACCGUACAUGUUGAUCUUCUAGCGUACGAUAUACUUGCUUUCAGUGCUGCUUUGUUCCUCGGUUAUGUGGCUUUCCUCAAGAAAGCUAGAGGCAACAGCAAUGGAGUUUUGGAAGAGCCGCUGUUGAACGGAGAUUCUAGUGUUGGUGGUGGUGUAGAGCUGCAUAAGACCAACGGGAGUGAUGAGGCUACACCGUACUCUAAAGCUGGUAUUCUCGGUCUCUUGACUUUCUCUUGGAUGAGUCCAUUGAUAAACAUCGGAAACAAGAAAACCCUUGAUCUAGAAGACGUUCCGCAGCUUCAUGAUAAUGACAGCGUAGUCGGGUUAGCCCCAAAGUUUAGGAGUAUGCUUGAGUCAUCAGAUGGUGGUGAGAGAAGUGGCGUGACCACGUUCAAGCUCAUUAAGGCGUUGUUCUUUUCGGCUCAGUGGGAGAUUAUAGUGACGGCGUUCCUCGCUUUCAUCUACACGGUCGCGUCAUAUGUUGGGCCAGCACUCAUUGAUACAUUCGUUCAAUACCUUAAUGGACGUAGACUGUACAACCACGAAGGAUACGUGCUAGUCGUCACUUUCUUUGUUGCUAAGCUCGUGGAGUGCCUUUCGCAGAGACAUUGGUUCUUUAGGUUGCAGAAGGUUGGUAUUAGGAUGAGAUCUUCUCUGGUCGCGAUGAUAUACGAAAAGGGUCUGACUCUUUCUUGCCACUCAAAGCAAGGACGCACAAGCGGGGAGAUUAUAAAUUUCAUGACUGUUGAUGCCGAGAGGAUUGGGAAUUUCAGCUGGUACAUGCAUGAUCCAUGGAUGGUUUUGUUACAAGUCGGUCUAGCUCUGUGGAUAUUGUAUAGAAACCUUGGAUUAGCUUCAAUAGCGGCUUUGAUUGCUACCAUUCUAGUCAUGCUUGUGAACUUCCCAUUCGGGAGAAUGCAAGAGAGGUUUCAGGAGAAGUUAAUGGAAGCUAAGGAUAACCGGAUGAAAUCAACAUCUGAGAUCUUGAGGAACAUGAGGAUUCUCAAACUUCAGGGAUGGGAGAUGAAGUUUCUGUCCAAGAUAUUCGAUCUCAGGAAGUCUGAGGAAGGAUGGCUGAAGAAGUAUGUGUAUAACUCUGCUAUUAUAAGCUUUGUCUUCUGGGGUGCUCCUACUUUGGUGUCAGUCUCCACUUUUGGUGCUUGUAUACUUCUUGGGAUCCCACUUGAAUCUGGAAAGAUACUCUCAGCGCUUGCAACCUUCAGGAUCCUACAAGAGCCGAUCUACAAUCUUCCAGACACUAUCUCCAUGGUUGUGCAAACAAAAGUCUCUCUUGAUAGGAUCGCAUCCUAUCUUUGUCUAGACAACUUACAGCCAGAUGUUGUAGAGAGGCUUCCUAAGGGAAGUUCAGACAUAGCUGUGGAAGUGACCAACAGCACUUUAUCUUGGGAUGUCUCAUCCGCUAGCCCAACUCUAAAAGACAUCAACUUCAAGGUCUUUCCUGGUAUGAAGGUCGCAGUUUGUGGAACUGUUGGCUCUGGGAAAUCGAGCUUGCUUUCAUCUAUACUAGGAGAAGUACCAAAGAUAUCUGGAAGUCUUAAGGUCUGUGGGACAAAAGCGUACGUUGCACAGUCUCCUUGGAUUCAGAGCGGUAAAAUUGAGGACAACAUCUUGUUUGGUAAGCCCAUGGAGAGGGAACGGUAUGAGAAGGUGCUUGAAGCAUGUUCUUUGAGUAAGGAUCUGGAGAUACUCUCAUUCGGUGAUCAAACUGUUAUAGGAGAACGAGGCAUCAAUCUGAGUGGUGGACAGAAGCAAAGGAUACAGAUUGCACGUGCUCUCUACCAAGAUGCAGAUAUCUACCUGUUUGAUGAUCCUUUUAGUGCUGUGGAUGCUCACACAGGGUCACAUCUCUUUAAGGAAGUUUUACUGGGGCUUUUGUCUUCCAAGUCGGUUAUCUAUGUAACUCAUCAAGUUGAGUUCUUGCCUGCUGCUGAUCUUAUACUGGUCAUGAAAGAUGGAAGGAUCAGCCAAGCUGGAAAAUACAAUGAUAUCCUAAGCUCAGGAACAGAUUUCAUGGAGCUUAUAGGUGCGCAUCAGGAGGCUCUGGCAGUAGUUGGUUCGGUUGAUGCCAACUCUGUUUCUCAGAAACCAGCUUCAGGUGAAGAAAAUGGUGUUGCUAGAGAUGCUAGUGGGCUUGACGAGAAACAAGAAAGCCAAGAUCUGAAGAAUGACAAAUCAGACUCUGGGGAGACCAAGAGACAGAUUGUGCAAGAGGAAGAGAGGGAGAAAGGUAGCGUCGCUUUGGAAGUUUACUGGAAAUACAUCACACUGGCGUACGGAGGAGCUCUCGUGCCAUUCAUAUUGUUGGCACAAGUUCUGUUCCAGCUUCUACAGAUUGGUAGCAACUACUGGAUGGCUUGGGCUACUCCUGUUUCCCAAGAUGUGGAAGCUCCUGUGAACAUGUCGACGCUGAUGAUUGUGUAUGUUGCUUUGGCUGUUGGAAGUUCCCUCUGCAUUCUUGUCAGAGCCACGCUUCUUGUCACCGCUGGUUACAAGACAGCCACUGAACUGUUUCAUAGAAUGCAUCACUGCAUUUUCCGCUCGCCGAUGUCUUUCUUUGAUUCCACUCCAAGUGGAAGAAUCAUGAACAGAGCUUCUACCGACCAAUCCGCGGUGGAUUUGGACAUACCGUAUCAAUUCGGAUCAGUUGCAAUCACAGUCAUUCAGCUUAUUGGAAUCAUUGGAGUCAUGUCUCAGGUUUCUUGGCUGGUUUUUCUUGUCUUCAUCCCUGUGGUUGCUGCCUCCAUAUGGUAUCAGCGAUAUUACAUAGCUGCAGCAAGAGAGCUUUCGCGGUUAGUUGGAGUCUGUAAAGGCCCUCUGAUUCAGCAUUUUUCUGAAACGAUUUCAGGGUCAACAACCAUCAGGAGUUUCAAUCAAGAAUCCAGAUUCCGUGGUGACAACAUGAGGCUGAGUGAUGGUUACUCUAGGCCCAAAUUCUAUUCAGCUGGAGCGAUGGAGUGGCUUUGCUUUCGCCUUGAUAUGUUAUCUUCGCUUACAUUUGCCUUCUCGCUUGUUUUCUUGAUCUCCAUACCUACUGGACUGAUUGAUCCAAGCCUCGCGGGAUUAGCCGUGACCUAUGGACUCAGUUUGAAUACUCUGCAAGCUUGGCUGAUCUGGACGCUCUGUAAUCUUGAGAACAAAAUCAUAUCGGUAGAGAGAAUACUUCAGUACGCAAGUGUCCCCAGCGAACCACCUCUUAUAGUCGAAUCAAACCGACCUGAGCAAUCAUGGCCUUCACGUGGAGAUGUGGACAUCCGUGAUCUUCAGGUCCGGUAUGCUCCACAUAUGCCACUUGUGUUGCGAGGAAUCACAUGCACAUUCAAAGGAGGUUUGAGAACAGGAAUCGUUGGAAGGACAGGAAGCGGGAAAUCGACUUUGAUACAAACUCUUUUCCGCAUUGUAGAGCCUACAGCUGGAGAAAUCAGGAUAGAUGGAGUUAAUAUCUUGACCAUUGGGUUACAUGACUUGCGUUUAAGGCUAAGUAUUAUACCGCAAGAUCCAACCAUGUUUGAAGGAACAGUGAGAAGUAACUUGGACCCUCUUGAAGAGUACACAGAUGAUCAAAUCUGGGAGGCUCUUGACAAGUGCCAGCUAGGAGAUGAGGUGAGGAGAAAGGAGCAAAAGCUGGACUCUAGUGUGAGCGAGAAUGGAGAGAAUUGGAGUAUGGGACAGAGGCAACUUGUGUGUCUCGGGAGAGUUCUUCUCAAGAGAAGCAAAAUCUUGGUGCUUGAUGAAGCCACUGCUUCUGUCGACACUGCAACUGACAAUCUGAUUCAGAAAACGUUGAGGGAACACUUCUCAGAUUGUACGGUGAUAACCAUUGCACACAGGAUAUCUUCGGUUAUAGACAGCGACAUGGUUCUGCUUCUUAGCAAUGGGAUCAUUGAGGAGUAUGAUUCGCCAGUGAGAUUGCUGGAGGACAAGUCUUCAUCUUUUGCUAAACUCGUGGCUGAGUACACCGCAAGAUCCAGUUCCAGUUUUGACUGAUCCUCUAUUUUCUUAGUGAUGAUAACUGAUGACGAUGAAAAAAAAAAAAUACAUAAGGGACCGUUAGUUUCUGAGUCGCUGCAACAUUAGCUGGAUUAUAUAGUUCACAAGAAAGAAACACGUAUCAUAGUUUUGUUUAAAACCAACUUUUGUAAUGUUUAUGUCAAAUAACAGAUGAUGAUUCUGUAUCGUUAUUUCAAAUUAAUGCAAUAAAUAAAACGUUAUACUUCAAAUUGAAAAAUAUCAUAACGUUUCUCAUUUGGUUUGAUAAAAGUAAAACCGAAGCAGCUUC